UCAUUCGUUUCCGCUGACAGCAGGUUCGGAACCACGGCAGAUUCGCGUUCUCCCGUGUGUGUUGUCGAAUACCACCGUCUCGCGUAUUCUCCGUCAUUGAACCUUAUAGAAUCAUAUUGAAGAAACUGCGGUUUAAACCCCCAAGGUAUUCUUUGUCUUCAGGCUUUCGUUAAAAAGCGCUUUGAGUAGGUUGCCGUUGGCGCUUGGAAGAAACCGUGCGGAUUAACCGAGACCUGCCGCCGCCUCCAGCAACACCGAGCCGAGUGGCGUCCGCAAGACGUCCUCCGCGACGCGGCAGCCGUAUUGAGGUGAACGAGCAAGUUUGGCGGAGGGCGCAAGGAAGAAGCAAAUCCUAAAAUGCCCGUGGCAACAGCUUUUUCUGACUCGGCCAUGCAGCAGACUUUGGACACGCUGAGCGACAGCGUCAGCUUGACGACGGCCAACGACCUGGACCUCAUCUUCCUCAAAGGCAUCAUGGAGAGCCCGGUGGCUCACGAGCGCUUUGAGGAGCCCAAGCUGGAGGCGGUGAGGGAGAACAACGUGGAGCUUGUGCAGGACAUCCUCAAGGAGCUCGGCCCUCUGGCGCACAGGAACCAAACCGCCGACGAGCUGGUGCGCAUCCUGAAGGAGCCUCACUUCCAGUCUCUGCUGGAGACUCAUGACUCGGUGGCGUCCAAAAACUACGAAACUCCUCCCCCCAGCCCUUGCGCUUUCAUGGACGCGGCCCUCAACAACCAACCCGUGCCCCCCGACGCCGUGAGGAUGGUGGGCAUCCGCAAGGUGUCCGGCGAGCACCUGGGAGUGACGUUUCGCGUGGAGAGCGGCGAGCUGGUGAUCGCCAGAAUCCUCCACGGCGGCAUGAUUGACCAGCAAGGUCUGCUCCACGUGGGCGACAUCAUCAAGGAGGUGAACGGCAAGGAGGUGGGCAACGACCCCAAAGUCCUGCAGGAGAUGCUCAAGGAGGCCAGCGGCAGCGUGGUGCUCAAGAUCCUGCCCAGCUACCAGGAGCCGCACACGCCCAGACAGGCUUUUGUCAAAUGCCACUUUGACUACGACCCGUCUCAGGACAACCUAAUUCCGUGCAAAGAGGCGGGGCUGAGCUUCUGCAGCGGAGACAUUCUGCAAAUUUUCAACCAGGAAGAUCUGAACUGGUGGCAGGCCUGUCAUAUCCAGGGAGGAAGCGCCGGUUUAAUUCCAAGUCAGCUCCUCGAGGAAAAGAGGAAAGCGUUUGUGAAAAGAGACCUGGAGCUCGUCACCACAGGUCCUUUGUGUGGCGGAGUGGGUGGCAAGAAAAAGAAAAAGAUGAUGUACUUAACCACCAAGAACGCAGAAUUUGAUCGCCACGAGCUGCGGAUCUACGAGGAGGUGGCCAAGGUGCCCCCCUUCCGAAGGAAGACGCUGGUCCUGAUUGGGGCGCAGGGCGUCGGCCGUCGCAGUCUAAAGAACAAGCUGCUGGUGUUGGAUCCCCAGCGCUACGGCACCACCAUCCCCUUCACCAGCAGGAAACCAAAGGUGGACGAGAGAGACGGCCAGAUGUAUUCCUUCAUGACGCGCGGCGAAAUGGAGUGCGACAUCAAGAACGGGCGUUUCCUGGAGCACGGCGAAUACGACGGCAACUUGUACGGGACCAAAAUCAACUCCAUCCACGAGGUGACGGAAACGGGGAAGGUCUGCAUCCUGGAUGUCAACCCUCAGGCUCUUAAAGUCCUGCGGACGUCGGAGUUCUUGCCCUACGUCGUGUUCAUCGAGGCUCCCGAUUUUGAGGUCCUCAAAGCCAUGAACCGAUCGGCCAUCGAGUCGGGAGUGGUCACCAAGCAGCUCACGGACUCUGAGCUCAAGAGGACGGUGGACGAGAGCGAGCGCAUCAAGAGGGCCUACGGACAUUACUUUGACCUCUGUAUCGUCAAUGACGGCCUCGAAGCGACAUUCCGCAGCGUGCGCUCUGCCAUGGAAAAACUGUUCAACGAGCAGCAGUGGGUGCCUGUCAGCUGGGUCUUUUGAGUUUCGCAGCUGGAGAACGUGGGACCAUUCCCUUUGACCCCCCCACCCCUCCCCCUUCCACUGUGCCAUUCGCGGGGUUGGGUUGGGGGCAGUCAGAAAUGUUCAUUGAUGUCUUUGGGCAGACUUGGUAUUCUGUGGAUGUCGGAACAGUUUUAGAGUUGGCUCUCUGUUUUUGUGUGCCGAUCGCAAACGUGGUAACAAGACGUCUAGAGUAGGGACAGCCAUCGUUUGGUACCAUUGUGUGGGACUGAUUGUCGAUUACCAUGUAAUUACCAUGUAAUCGACAAUCAGGACGCAACAUUCUGGCCCCCUAGAAAAGUCGAAAAGCGGCCAACAUUGACGACCCCCGUUGGCGCCACGGCCUGCUCGGUUCACUUGUAUUUGUAGCACUGAGAAAUGCAAUCCAGCUAAACAAGAAAUCAUCUGAGCAGAAUGGGAGACCAAUGAAUAUGAAGACGGACACCUGUUACCUUUUCGUGUUCUGUUCCAGCCGAUAGUCGUUAUUUGUGACGUACGAGCCGCCCGAGACAUACUUUUGCCUUAACGCGCUUCAAAAAGCCAAGGAGUCAUUGGUUAUUUAAAUACCCGUUCUGACAAUACCCGCAACCUCCACGUAUUUAUUUGACCUUCGACUCGUCAGUAGUGUAUUGUAAUAAAGGCGAUGCUGUCACUCAAAGACAA